AUGGAUGAGGAACUGCUGGAAUUGCAGAGGCAGUUCGAGUUCGCACAGCAAGCAAAGUCAGCCGUGCGGUUAUCAGAAAGAAACGUCGUCGAAUUGGUUCAGAAACUCCAACAACUCCAGAUCAUCGAUUUCGAUCUCCUCCAUACUAGCUCCGGCAAAGAAUACAUCACACCCGAACAAUUAAGAAGUGAAAUCGUGGAUGAGAUAAAUAAAAAAGGUCGAAUUUCGUUGAUCGAUUUGUCAGACACGACAGGGGUGGAUUUGUAUCACGUUGAAAAGCAAGCACAGCAUGUAGUUUCGAUUGAUUCCUCACUUAUGUUGAUCAAUGGAGAAAUAAUUUCAAAUUUUUAUUGGGACGCUGUUUCUGAAGAAAUUAAUGAAAGACUCCAGGAGUGCAGCCAAAUAGCAUUGGCAGAAAUCGCGGCCCAGCUGCAAGUUGGGUCGGAGUUAAUCCUCUCCAUAUUAGAACCACGUCUUGGAACUUUGGUGAAAGGUAGGCUUGAAGGUGGGCAAUUGUAUACACCGGCAUAUGUUGCACGUGUAAGUGCAAUGGUUUGUGGUGCGGCGAGAGGAAUUGCUGUUCCGAUGAAUUUGUCAGCAUUAUGGAGCUCACUGCAGGUUUUAUUGCAAGAAAUGGAUGGAUUUAGUGGUGUAACAGUUGAGAGUUCAUUUUUCCAGUCACUGUUUAAUGGGCUGGUGAAGGAAGGCAAGAUUCUUGGCUCACUUCGCGCUGGAGUGCAUUGGACUCCUUCUGUCUUUGCCUUGGCUCAAAAGGAGAGCGUUGAUUCAUUCUUUUCACAGAAUUCUUUCAUCAGUUAUGGGGCUCUUCAGAAACUUGGAAUACUGCAACCUAUUCAAUUUUUACAGUCCAGAUACCCCGAAGGGAUACCUCUUGUCACUUUAUUUGUUCAUCCUUCACUGACUGAAAUGCUGGAUGCUGCUGUGGAAGAUGCCAUUGAACGUGGUAGCUGGAUAGAUUCACUUUCAGUUUUACCAACAUCUUUUGUGUCCCAAGAUGCAGCUAAGAUUCUCUCACUUUGUCCGUCUGUUCAGAGUGCUGUUAAGUCUGACAAAGCGCUUCUGUUGGGGGAAUCCUAUGUUUUCAGCAAUAGUUUUGUUAAGGAUUUGUUCGAUUGCAUUGAGAAAGAGAUGGAAACCUUAAAUGUUUCUGGUUCUGAUAACACUAGUUUACCUAUUAAUAUACUUCCCAUCAAAGAUUCUAAACAUGGACAUGAUGAUAGUAGCAACCUAUCCGAACUAAAUAAAUCUGGAAAUCAAAGUGGUACUAGCAAAUCAGUUUCAGAAAAAGGUUCUAAGAAGAAAAAAGGUAAAUCUAUAGGGAAUAUUAAGACAGGGGCUGCUGAUACGGAUCCAGACUUUGAAGAAUCUGGAGCAACGAAAUCGAAGAAAAAACCGAAAAAGGGGAAGGAUUCAUCAGCUUCACAAGUUUCUGAUUCAAAGUCUGGUGCUAAAAAAGAUAGUGAUAGAAUGAAGGAUGACAUUCCAGGCAUUCUAUCAAAAGAAUCAUUAAUUCAGAAGAUAAAGUCAUUGAUCCCAGAGUUAGAAGAGCAAGGCAUAGAUGAUCCUGAGACAGUCCUUGCAGCUUUGGCAAAUCAUUUGAGACCCAUGCUUAUAAAUUCAUGGAGGGAUAAAAGAAAGACUGCUUUUACAGAAAAUGCCCAAAAAAUGAAACGCCUAGUUGAUGAUUUGCAGCAAAAGCUUGAUGAGACAUUCUUAAAUAUUCAACUAUAUGAGAAGGCAUUGGAUUUGUUUGAAGAUGACCAGUCAACUUCAGUACUUUUACACAAACAUUUGUUGCGAACCUCAGCCACACCAAUUGUGGAUUCUAUCUUAGUUAACCUGGACAUGCACAACAAGUUGAAGAAUGGAAUUGAAUUUGAAGAAUCUAAAUAUUCUGAAAGUUCAUUGCUUAGAUCCGGGGAAAGAAUGGAUCUAGCAAAGAGUUUGCCAGGAUCUUUGUCAGUCAAGGCCAUUGCGCUAGUUGAAACUUUGGAAGGGAAGCGUGUGGAAACAUUUGUGACUGCUACAAGAGAACUAGUAGAGGAAAGUGGGUUAAUGCUGAAAAAGCUUGAUAAGAAGUUGGAAAGGACUCUUCUGCAUUCUUAUCGCAAGGAUUUAGCAUCUCAAGUUUCUGCUGAAACCGAUCCCGUUUCACUUCUGCCAAAAGUUGUUUCUUUACUUUAUGUCCAGUUGCAUGGAAAAGCUCUUCAAGCUCCAGGCAGGGCUAUAUCAGUUGCAGUUACGCGAUUGAAGGGUAAACUUGAUGAUGCAGCAUUUAAGACCUUGACAGAUUACCAAACUGCUACUGUGACUCUUCUAGCUCUAAUGUCUGCAACAACUGGCAAUGACGAAGAUUGUGUGUCUGAUCGAAUUUUGAGUAAGCGAGAGCUACUUGAGAAUUUGGUGCCUGCACUGAAGAGCUUGGUGCUUGUUAGCUCACAAUCUUAA